UUAGCCUGAUGUUACAUGUGAAUGCUGAAGCCCGAUAUACAGCAGCACAGAUCCUAAGCCAUCCCUGGGUGUCAGAUGAUGCUUCCCAGGAGAAUAAUAUGCAAGCUGAAGUAACAGGUAAACUGAAGCAGCACUUUAAUAACACCCUACCCAAGCAAAAUAACACAUCUGCAGGGGUUUCUGUCAUCAUGAACACAGCUCUAGAUAAAGAGAAUCAAAUUUUCUGCAGCAAGCGCUGUCAGGACUCUGGUGGAGCUGCAAUGGAGAAAAUUUCUGCAAUUACUGCUGCAGCUGAUGAUCCUCAUGUGGCUGGGUCCAAGACCCUCUUCCCUGCUGCUUCUGAGCCACUCAGAUCCCCCACGCUCCCUGCCUCAGUGUCUCCCGAGUUUGCUGGGGAUCAGCCUGGUGCGUAGGACUGAUGAAACCAAAUCCAGCUGAGGCUCCCUGCACUCUCGCCACAAUUUCUCUUCAUUUCACAUGACAGUUUGUUUCCAGUUUGCGUGCACCCUCUCGUGGUGAGCCCAAGGCAGGCUCUGUCAUGGGAGACUGAUGUAAUAGCGGGUGAGUGAACAUGCUUUUUGAGUGCUCUUUGCCAU